UGAUACAUUGCCUAGUCUCUUCAUUCGCGUUGUGAAUAACGACUAGGCUACAUAAUCGCCGGUAUUUUUAGAUUAGGUUAAAUUCACUGGAAGUGUUUAUCAGUUUAAUCAGUGAAAUCCGGUGUGACUUUCAGCGUGUAUAAAGGGGCUUAUAAUUUUGAUAAUUUAGGCCUAAUAUUUUACCAAUAUUUCAUCUGUCCGUUUCUCAAGAAGUUUGUUCAUCGAACACUGAAGUGGUGUCUGACUGUUACGUGAAGCAAGAUGCCAAAAGGAACACUGUGAGGGCCAAGCUGAGCGUCUGCUCUUUGACUUUUUUUUGACAUUUUAACCAACUGAUCAGACGACACUUGGACAAGGCAGUGUCCGUCAUGUGCAGCACUGACCCCUGCCUCUGAGCUCUCGUCCAGCUCUCCCCGCGGGACUAAAGAUCACGGUAGUGUGGCCGGUUCCUCCUCGGCGUGUCGAUCAUGAACUCCAUUAAGUGUGUUCUGGUGGGGGACAGUGCGGUGGGCAAGACUGCUCUGCUCGUGCGCUUCACCUCGGAGACGUUCCCAGAGAUGUACAAGCCCACCAUUUAUGACAACACCGGAGUAGAGGUGUUCAUGGACGGUGUGCAGAUCAGCUUGGGCUUGUGGGACACGGCCGGAAAUGACACCUUUCGCCAUGUGCGGCCCAUGUCCUACCAACAGGCAGAUGUGGUCCUUCUCUGCUACUCAGUGGCCAAGCCGCCAUCUUUUACCAGUGUGCGGCAGAAGUGGAUGGCGGAGGUCAGAGAGCAUCUCCCUCGCGUCCCGGUGCUCGUGGUGGCCACGCAGACGGACCAGCGGGAGAUGGGCCCUCACCGCGGCAACUGUUACUCGGCAGCAGAUGGGAAGCGGCUGGCCCAGGAGAUCCGAGCCCGGGGCUACCUGGAGUGCUCUGCGCUUAGCAACCGUGGUGUGCAGCAGGUGUUUGAGUGUGCUGUGCGGACAGCGGUCAACCAGUCCAAGAAGAGGUCGCGUCGCCGCCUCUUCAGCUUUGACCUCUGCAAGACCUCCUAACCCUGACUGGUCGCGCCGCCUCUUCAGCUAUGACCUCUGCAAGACCUCCUAACCCUGACUGGUUGGCGGACCCCAUUGAGAUGUCAGUGUCAAACACAAGCAUGCUCAGAGCUCCGCUCACAGCUCUCCACUUAUAUGGUUAUAGACACUAAAAUCAACUGAUCUUCAGAUGAACGUGGAGAGCAAGUUUUACUGAGAAGAGAAAUGAGCCUAAACGCUUAUGGAUCACUUUCGAACUCCCUAAUGUUGUCAUGUCUGUUCCACUAGUGAAACUCCAUCUCAAGACUGACUCUGUUCUUGAAGAGCGAUUGAGUAAUAUUCAUCAGAUUCAUUGUUUAAAUCAAUCUGUGAAUGCAGCGACAGAAUUAAACUUUCAUUUUCAGAGCAUAGUUUUAUGUAAAAUACUCAUAGAUUGAUUCCCCAUGCAGGGUUUAAACAGGAUACAAUUGCAUUUAAAUGAAAACAACAUAAUCAACAGCAGAAAUGUCAUCACUGGACUUUUUUGUUGUAAUGCUUUUGGUAUAAUGUUACGGAAGGAGAAUGGACCAAAGUAUUCAAAUAUUCCUGUUUUCAUGAAAGCACUAUAUGAUUUUUAGAAAUAUGUCUUUUUGGAGUUAAAUGAUUUCUCACCUCAAUAAAGAGAGUAAUUAUUUCACUGA